CGCCCAACCCCCUGACGUCCCCGCGUUGGUCAGGUCAGACCCUGAAGAUGACGGAGGUGGUCGGGGGACCCAGCGUUCCAGAACCCAGCGAGAUCCGGGCUCUAAAGCAGUGUCUCCUGUGCCGCAACCACAGCCGGGAACAGCACGGCGUGGCGGCCUCCUGCCUCGAGGAGCUGAGGAGCAAGGCUUGUGACAUUCUGGCCAUUGACAAGUCCCUGGCACCAGUCACCCUGGUCCUGGCAGAGGAUGGCACCAUAGUGGAUGAUGACGAUUACUUCCUGUGUCUUCCUGCCAAUACUAAGUUUGUGGCACUGGCUGGGAAUGAGAAGUGGGCUUACAACAAUUCAGAUGGAGGUACGGCUUGGAUUACCCAAGAGUCCUUUGACAGAGAUGAAACAGACAGCGGGGCAGGGUUGAAGUGGAAGAAUGUGGCCAGGCAGCUGAAAGAAGACCUGUCCAGCAUCAUCCUCCUGUCCGAGGAGGACCUCCAAGGGUGCAAUGGUGAACAAGCCAGACACAGUCCCUGCUCUAAUGGAACUCAAGUCCUGGUGGAAGGAGGCCGACAAAAUAAGCAGCAUGUCAGACAGGGCAGUGUGCCAAGAGUGGCGGGAAGGCUCCUGGAAGGAGGCGACCUUGUGAUGCUUAUUGAUGUCCCAUGUUCAGAGCUGGCUCAGGAACUCAGCCAAAGUCGUGUCGCAGUCCAGGGGCUCCAGAACACCCUCCAGCAGGUCCUUGACCAGAGAGAGGAAGCCCGUCAGUCCAAGCAGCUCUUGGAGCUUUACCUCCGGGCUUUGGAGAAGGAGGGCAGCAUCCUGUUGAAGCAGCAAGAGUCCAAAGCUGGCCUCGGUGAUGAGAGGGAUGCAGUUGACACGGGUAUUGGAGAGAGCUCCUCCGAAAUUGCACUUACGAGCCAGAUCCUUAAUGCGCUGAAGGAGAAACCCGCGCCAGAGCUGAGUUUGUCUAGUAAAGAUUUGGAGUUGGUUGCCAAGGAGGACCCUAAAGCACUGGCUGUUGCUUUGAACUGGGACAUAAAGAAGACGGAAGCUGUUCAACAGACCUGUAAUCAGGAACUUAGCCUGCGCCUCCAGCAGGUACAGAGCUUGUAUUCUCUGAGGAGCAUUUCAGCAAGGAGGAGUUCGCUGCCUGGAGAAGUGCAGAAUCCCAAACAAGCCAGACGAGACCCCACAUAGCCAGCAGCCAGAAACAUGCCAAAGAAAACCAGUGUGACCAGUGUCAGUGUCAGUAAAUACCUUCAGCCUAACCUUUGUAGCUCCCUACAUACUCCUCUACCCCCUGCCUUCGAGAAUGUUCUCCUGGAACAGGCUGGAAGACAGGCUUCAUGCCCUUUCCAGAAAAGCUAUUCCAGAUCUCCACAUGGGCUCUCUGACCUAUUUUGAACCAUAGAGCUGCACCAGCAAUAUCCCACCUCCUCUAACUGCAAAUUCUUAUGUUCUCUAACAGUAGUUGUAAAGGGCAGGGAAAAGAAAUUGUCAUAUUUCAGACCCACUAUUUUUUUUUUUUUACUUUUUUUUUCUUCUACAUCAUCAGAUAAAUGGUAUAUCUCUUUCAAGAUUCAAUCUGUUGAACUAUGCAACCAUCAUAGUAAUAGACCCACUAUUCUUAUUCUAAAGAUGGAACUGCAGAAUUUUAAACACAAAAUAACAGUAGAGAAGAUGACAUAUCAGAGUGUUGAUUAUGGCCACAAACUUGUUUCUCAAGUUAAGGAAUUUUUUCGUUUGUUUUAAAGGCACGUAUUAAAUUUGCAGACCAUAGGGACAUAUGGAGAGUAAUUCACCAUUUCUAAUAGCUAAUUCAGUAUUGUGAAAUUAUAUGCAUUACCACAGUGAAACUUUUCAGUUUUCUAAUGUGUUUUAUCAGCAGGGGGUAUAAAACGGUCAUUAAAUCAGUCUCCAUGAGAUAUGACUCCAGGUCUCUCUGGGUGCAAAGCAGAGACUUCUGGUUUAUAUCCCCGUUUCUGUACAAGCUUGUUCUUCGGGUUUUGUAAUCUACAAUGCAGUCUCUCUUGCAGGGAAAAGAUAAUUAGUUACUGACUUAUUUGACUUACUUUUUAAGCAUACUUUUUAAGCAUACUUAGAGGAAAACAGAAUGCUAUUAACCGAUACAUUGGCUAAUUAUUAAGUAAAGAAAUAUAACGAUAAGUAAGUCCUAGGGCGAGGGAGAGGUACAGAAAACAAACAGAACAAAAAGAACUGUUUCCUUCUGCUGUGCCCUUCCUCAAGGAGGACUCAGACCUACGCAGCGUGCUCUUACUAAUGCCUUACGUAUUUAGUUCUCACUUAUUAGCCCCAAUAUUUCUUUUUUAAUAGCAUAUUUUAUAAUGCCUUCUUAAUUAUCCUUAAAUGAAAGCCAGAGCUGAUAACCUACCUAUGUGCAUACCUUCAUCAACAUAAUACCCCCAAAUGUAGUAUUUCAGAAGAAAUAAAGGAAAAUAAUUUCCAACAAAA